AUGGACGCCGAGGGCACGCGGCUGCUCAACCUCACCGUGCUGCAGCGCCUCGACCCCGCCGUCAAGGACAUCCUAACAUCGACCUCAACCAAUGAAGGCGUAACCGACGAGCUCGACCGCGCCCCGCUGCUCGUCCCGCACCACGCCAGGGAGAACACGGUGGUCGCUGGCUACGACGUCCCCGCCGGCACGCGCGUGCUGGUGAACUUGUGGGCCAUCGCACGCGACCCGGCGUCGUGGCUCGACCGCCCCGACGCGUUCCUGCCGGAGCGCUUCCUCCCCGGCGCCGGCAGCUGCGACGACGUAGUGGACGUGCACGGGCAGCACUUCGAGCUGCUGCCGUUCGAGUCAGGGCGGCAGAUUUAUCCGGCGACCAACCUGGCGAAGAAGAUGGUGGCGCUGGGCGUGGCGAGCUUGCUGCAGGGGUUCGCGUGGCCGGAGGACGUGAGCAUGGAGGAGCUGGUCGGGCUGUCCACACGCCGGAAGGUGCCGCUCGUCGCCGUCGCCGAGCCUAGGCUGCCGGCGCAUGAACGUCGGUGAGCGAACUACCUAGGGACAUUUAACUUUUGGCCACUUUAAAAAUGUGGUAAUUAAUUAUUUGCCACAUUAUGAUACGUGGGCCCGCAUGUGUUUAUGACAUAUGGAUCUAGUGGUAAAUCAUUUAGCACGUAAGAGUGGCAAAUAAUUAAUUAUUCCGAACUAGGUUGCUGUGAAUAAGUAAGAAAAAGAAGAGAAAAAAGAA